GGAAUCAGUAUAAUUCUGACAUUGAAACUAUACACAACAAACGAAAAAUUCUCUCAUACAAAUACUCGACAAAAACUUACUAGAGAAAACACAGCAAGCAUGUCGGCCGAAGUGGAGGAGAUGCUGAAGCGUUUCCAGUCCUUGAAGAACGUUGUGGGCAUCAUGGUGAUUGACAACGACGGCAUACCGAUCAAGACCACCCUGGACAACACCCUGACUGUGCACUAUGCGGCCACGAUGCAGACCCUGCGGGAGAAGGCACGCCAAGUGGUCUUCGACUUGGAUGCCACCAACGAGUUCUUGUUCCUGCGUAUGCGUACGCUGAACCAUGAGGUUAUGCUGUGCCCGAAGGACGAUUACUUUUUGGUGGUCAUACAGAAGCCAUCCGAAUAGGCAACAACAACCAAAAAUUACGUUACUGAAUAAAACUUAAAAAUUGAAUUGCA